AUGCCGUCUGUUGCGCAAUGGCAGGGGACGCCUUCAGUCAAGGGCUCGACUGAGAGCAUACGCAUGGCGUUGCUCACAGCGUCGCUCAUAGGCUUGCAGUUCACGUGGAAUGUCGAAAUGACAUAUUGCACACCCUACCUCCUCGAACUCGGUCUUACGAAAUCGAAAAUCUCCCUUGUUUGGGUCGCCGGUCCACUGUCAGGCCUCAUCAUGCAGCCCAUUGUCGGCGUCGUCGCAGAUCGUUCUACCUCGCGAUGGGGCCGUCGAAGACCCUUUAUGUUCUUUGGGACGAUACUGGUGGCCAUGUUCUUACUGCUGCUAGGCUGGACAAAAGAGGUGGUUCGGUACUUCAUAAAGGACGAGGUUGCGGCUAAGAGCGCGACGAUAUACGUUGCUGUGUUUAGUAUCUAUGGGAUUGAUUUCGCCAUCAAUGCUGUGCAGGGAAGUUGUAGAGGCUUGGUAGUCGAUACUUUGCCUAUUUCGAAACAACAGAUGGGCAGUAGUUGGGCGAGCAGGAUGGUUGCGGUCGGGAGUUUGAUAGGGUAUGGCGCAGGAGCAAUUGAUCUGAGGAGUGUGUUUGGGCCCAUGUUGGGAGACACGCAGUUCAAGCAGUUGACGGGAGUUGCAGCUUUGACGCUGUGCUUGGCGAUUGGCACGACAAGCUGGGCGGUUACUGAAAGAGUGCUUAUUAAUGACGGAGCUGAAGAGGGCAAGGAGCUGGAUCUCAAGCAAGUUCUCGGUACUAUCGCACAUACUGCUUUGAACCUGCCCCGAAGUAUCCAAGCCAUCUGUACAGUUCAAUUCUGGGCUUGGAUUGGCUGGUUUCCUUUCCUCUUCUACAGCACGACUUGGGUUGGCGAGGUAUACCUACGGUAUGACGCGCCAGCUGAGGUUAAGGCAGCAGGUGAUCUUACGGGCAAGGUUGGUCGCAUUGGCUCCAUGGCCCUCAUCGCCUUUUCCAUUAUCACAUUCGUAAUGUCUGUUCUCCUACCUUUCUUUGUACAGAGUCCAGAAGACGAUGAAAAGGGCCCUGGCUUCUCCCAUCCGCCUAAGCGGUUGACUGGGCUGGCAAGAUAUAAGCCAAGCCUACUCACAGCAUGGACAACUGCGCAUUGUAUUUUCGCAGGAAGCAUGGUCAUGGCGCCUUUCGUGAGAAGUCUGAGACAUGCGACUAUCAUCAUCGCUUGCUGUGGCGUAUCAUGGUCCGUAGCCUGCUGGGCUCCCUUUGCGUUCCUCGGCGUAGAGAUCAACCGCCUCAACACAUCGUCGGCGCACUCGACACACCCAAAGCGAUCCUCCAUCGACCUUCCUGAAGCGCAAUCCAACCUCGAAAAGGGUGCUGCAUCUUCCUCUAGCGGCGGAGCAAGCUCAGGCCAAUACCUCGGCAUUAUGAACCUAUAUACGACGCUACCACAAUUCAUGGGCACAGGGAUAUCGUGGGUAGUAUUUUCCAUCUUGGAGCCCGGAAAGAGUCCCGAGUUGAGCGAGGCGCCGCCCGAAGAACAUCAUAGCACGGAUGGGCCGAAUGCAAUUGCAGUCUGCUUGUUUAUUGGGGCCUGUUCGGCGUGUAUGGCGGUUGUUGCUACGAGGAGGUUGGGAAGAAUACAGGGAAGGCUGUAG